AUGGAUUUCUUGUGCCUGCUCUCGGCGUCACUGGUUCCGGCAGAUUCCAUCGCGCCUCUCGCGUGCACCUUCGCCGCAGUAGACGCGAGGAGGAUGGAGGACCUGAACAGGAAGCUGCUGGCGCAGUCCGAGAGCGUGAAACGUGAUCUGGCUGCCCUGAAGGACACACGGAACCACAGCUCUCGUCUGCUGCAGCAGCUCAACCACGAAAAGGUCAGGCUGGAGCAGCGCAUCGCCGCCAAUACCGACACCGUACGCAGGAUGUAUGAAGCUCUCCAGGCCAAGCAACGCGAGGCCGCCGCCGCCCUGGCCGCCGUCAACACGCCGCCGCGCGGAGAGACCGAGCCGCGGUUCGGCGCGGAAGCCAGGCUCGACCAGCGCAUCGUGCGAUUCAGGGAGUUGGAGGGCACGCUGCCACCGAGCAGCGACGCCAGAUCCGCGGGA